AUGGCUUCACCUCCAACAGGUUUUUUGAUUGGAAAAAUUGUAUCAUUUGUUGAAAGUAAAGUGUCUCUGUUAGAAGGAGUUCAUGACGAACUUGAAGAUCUCGGGCUUGAGUUGCUGACCAUGAAAGCGUUCUUGGCGGAUGCAGAAAGGAAGGGAGAAGCUCUUUCUGAAGUAGAGAAAACAUGGGUGGCAAAUGUAAGCAAACAAGUUGAAGAUCUACUAAGUACCAUGAUCCAAGAACUUUUUAGAGCAACAAUGCAAGCUAUUCCUCUAGACUUUAGCAAUAUGAGCUAUGUACAUUUGGUAGAAGUGCUCGUCGACUAUUUGGAGCCAAAGCGUUAUUUGAUUGUCUUAGAUGAUGUGUGGGAUAUAAAUCUUUGGAGACAAAUAAAUGUAGCACUUCCAAAUGGAACACAUGGAAGUCGAGUCAUGCUUACAACUCGGAAUGAAGGCAUUGCUUCUUUUUCAUUUCGAGUUGGAAGUCGCAUGCACCAUGUUCAGCCUCUUACUGACGAUGAGGCUUGGGAUCUUUUUUCCAUGAAAGCUUUCUCUAGCUGGGAUGACAGUAGUUGUCCAACAGAAUUUAAACUCAUAGCCGGGGAUCUUGUUAGAAAAUGCCAAGGCCUACCUCUAGGAAUUGUAGCUUUGGGUGCUCUCAUGUCAACUAAAAGAUUUGUUCCCGAGUGGACGAAAGUAUAUAAUAGCUUGAAUUGGGAGCUAAGCAACAACCCCACACUUGAAGUAGUGAAGAGCAUCUUAUUACUAAGCUUCAAUGAUUUAUCAUAUCAACUCAAUAAUUGCUUCUUAUAUUUUUGCAUUUUCCCAGAAGAUUAUGUAGUUCAAUGUAAGAGGCUUAUCAGAUUGUGA